AUGUUAGCAAGCCAAAGACAAACGAAAGGCGGCAAGACCACAGCACAAGAGGGCGCACCAAUGAGUUUCUCUCAUUUCCCCAAUCCGACCAUCAUGCAUGCCUCCCAAGAAGAAAUACGGUUUCUGGGAGUAAGAAUUCGACGAGAACGAAUGGGUGACGACUACCGACCUGCUAUUAUCACAGGUGGUCAGAUCGCCCCCGAAAUCCCCUACUUUAUCACUCCAUACAAAGAAGAAACGAUGAUUGACGAUAACGCGCCUCUGUUUGACGAUUCCGCAAGAAUUAAUCCUAUUGACUUGGGCCAGCUCAAAAGACAUAAGUACCUAUCCAACCGAUCCAUCUUGCCCUGGAUGCAGACUUCUUCCGCUAUACCUGAACGUACGUGGCUAGCCGACACACUGCCGUCUCUCAUUAAUGUUUUAAUGAAAAUCCGGAGUCGCUCGCAGCUUUUGACAUGUGAAGUGAAUGCGCUGUAUACACUUCUGGUGAAAGGGCUGGGUAAUGAGGUCGCUACAGAAAACGAGUUCGCGAGCAUCUAUGGGCCAGACCCAACCAAAUGGCCUAGUGAACUCCCCAAGUCAAUCAUCUCGCAGGUUAAGUCUGGGGCUAAGUACGUCGCUCUAGGGAUUAAGGCACCAACUUCACACUGGAUAUCUUUUCUGUAUGAAGUCAACCAAGGGAGCCUCUGGUUCUUUGACUCCCUAGAAGCAAAUAGGCAGUAUAAGCAUCGGAUCUUUCGGCACUUUAAGAUGAUCUGGACCUCGAAGUUCUUCAAUCUACGACAAGAUCCCAGACGCGCUUACGAUGCCAGUUACUUUUUUCACCGCGACUAUUGGAGCUGUGGAAUAAUCUCUAUCCUCUCCUUGGCAGAAAUCUUACAUUCUCCUAAUGCGAUUGAGAACCUCCCCAGCAAGCCCGCCAAAAUUGGUAGUAGCUACAUUGAUUAUGUAGCGCUACUUAUAACAAGAGCCACCGGCUUAAGACUCUCUCCUUCUUGGACCAGCCCUAAUCUCCAUUUACGAGUGCCAGCCCCCAACCCUGAUCCGGCCGAAGGUGAACAAGUCUCCGUGGUGCUCGGGGAUGAGGAAGCCGAGGUAUAUCUCGCAGAAAGCAUCAAUAAAGCAAGUUUAUUUAUUAUAGAUGCCAUCGUACCAAGAGCGCCUCCAGCCAAAGCCUAUUAUGAUACCGACGAUGGCAUUAUCCCCGACGCGCAAACUAGUAUCAAGAUACUCAAGGACUGCAAGGACAUUAGAAGGCGCACCCAACAAAACCACGACCAUUGGAGAGGAAAUGAAGCCCGUCAUUUGGUCAAUGCUGUAGUUAGAAGCCGAAGAGGAUGGUAUCUCGAAGAUACAGAAGUACUCGCUGUGCUGGAAUGCCUUCUGUACGCACGAAGUGAAAAAGGGACUGGCCAGAUCCUUAUCGAAGAACCCUAUGGAUAUCUCAUGGAACAGGAUGAAAGCGAUAUAACGCUUAUGGUGCGCCAGUGGGAUCUCCUCAUUGUAUCCAAUGACGGCUCAGACCCUCAACUUAAAGGAGAACUCGCGAUCUUCGGGUACACUAAUGGAAAUUCCCACUGGGGAGUCAUAAUUAUCUCUCUCAAAGACAAUAAUGCAUAUCUUGUGGAUUCUUUGAACCCGGGCCCGGCCACGUCUAGAAUGAUAUUCGACAAGUUCAGACUCCGUUAUCACAUCAGAUACCCUAAUAUGCCUAAGCCUACAAAAAUGACGGUUCUGCCUUGCUACCGACAGAGGGAUAGUCAUAGAUGCGGCCUAAUCUCCCCCCUUUAUCUAUAUUUCUUACUUUGUAACCCAGUGUACCUUAAGCCUACCUCGUCAGCAACAAGCGAGUACCGCGUGACCAGAUGUAUUGAAGAUAUUAUACAGAGGUAUGUAGGAGUUAAGGUUACUAGUAGCGGCCGGGCAGACAAGAGUGAAUACGGAAACAACCUACCUCUCCCUCUGGAGAUGCUUAUGACCGGGCGUCAGGUAGACAAGGAAGAAUGA